CCAUUCUCGACCGCUCUCCCCCUGUCUGCGCUCUUCUUCAGUCUCAUUCUAACUCGUGAAUCAUCAUGCAUCCAGAGGAAGUCGACGUCAUCGUCUGCGGUGGUGGCCCCGCUGGCUGCGUGGUGGCAGGCCGUCUCGCCUAUGCCGACCCCACUCUCAAGGUUAUGCUCAUUGAGGGCGGUGCGAACAACCGUGAUGACCCCUGGGUAUACCGCCCUGGCAUCUACGUUCGCAACAUGCAGAACGACGGCGUAAACGACAAGGCGACAUUCUACACCGACUCUUUGCAGUCGCCCUUCAUGCGCGGCAGGCAAUCUAUCGUCCCCUGCGCGAAUAUUCUCGGCGGUGGAAGCAGUAUCAACUUCCAGAUGUACACCCGUGCUUCGGCGUCGGAUUGGGAUGACUUCAAGACGGAAGGCUGGACUGCCGAGGAUCUCUUCCCGCUCAUGAAGCGUCUCGAGCGGUAUCAAAAGCCGGUGAACAACGACAGCCACGGCUACGAUGGCCCUAUCGCUAUCAGUAACGGCGGGCAGAUUCAGCCCGUUGCUCAGGACUUCCUACGGGCCUCGCACGCCAUCGGCAUCCCCUACAGCGACGACAUCCAGGACCUGAAGACGUCUCACGCCGCUGAGAUCUGGGCCAAAUAUAUCAACCGCGAGACUGGCAGGCGCAGUGAUGCCGCAACUGCUUACGUCCACAGCGUCAUGGACGUGCAGGACAACCUUUACCUCCGCUGCAACGCCCGCGUCUCCCGCGUGCUCUUCGACGACAACAACAAGGCGGUCGGUGUCGCCUAUGUCCCGUCGCGCAACCGCGGGUCCGGCGGCAAGGUCCACGAGACCAUCGUGAAGGCACGCAAGAUGGUCGUCCUGAGCUCUGGCACCCUCGGCACCCCCCAGAUCCUCGAGCGUUCUGGUGUCGGCAACGCUGAGCUCCUCCGCCAGGUCGGCAUCAAGGCCGUGAGCGACUUGCCGGGCGUCGGCGAGGAGUACCAGGACCACUACACGACCCUCUCCCUCUACCGUGUCUCGAACGAGACCCAGACGACCGACGACUUCCUCCGUGGCGUCAAGGAGGUGCAGCAGGAAAUCUUCGCCGAGUGGGAGCAGAGCCCCGAGAAGGCUCGCUUGUCCUCCAACUCUAUUGACGCCGGAUUCAAGAUCCGUCCGACAGAGGAGGAGCUGAAGGAGAUGGGCCCGGAGUUCAACGAUCUCUGGAACCGCUACUUCAAGGACAAGCCCGACAAGCCGGUCAUGUUCGGCUCCAUCGUCGGUGGCGCCUACGCCGACCACUCGGUCCUGCCGCCCGGCAAGUACAUCACGAUGUUCCAGUAUCUCGAGUACCCGGCGAGCCGCGGCAAGAUCCACAUCAAGUCGGCCAACCCGUACGACGAGCCGUUCUUCGACUCCGGCUUCAUGAACAACAAGGCCGACUUCGCGCCGAUCCGCUGGAGCUACAAGAAGACGCGUGAGAUCGCGCGCCGCAUGGACUGCUACCGCGGCGAGCUUACCUCGCACCACCCGCACUUCCACCCGAGCUCGCCCGCGGUGUGCAAGGACAUCGACCUCAAGACCGCGAAGGAGUUGCUCCCGAACAGCUUGACCGUCGGCAUCCACAUGGGCACCUGGCACAAGCCGGGCGAAACAUACGACGCGAAGAAGGUGCACGACGACCUCCCCUACACCAAGGAGGACGACGAGGCGAUCGACAACUGGGUCGCCGACCACGUCGAGACCACCUGGCACUCGCUCGGCACCUGCGCGAUGAAGCCGCGCGAGCAGGGCGGUGUCCUGGACAAGCGCCUCAGCGUUUACGGCACGGAGAACCUCAAGUGUGUCGACUUGAGUAUCUGCCCGGACAACCUCGGUACGAACACCUACUCCUCUGCUCUCCUCGUCGGCGAAAAGGGCGCAGACCUCAUCGCUGAGGAACUCGGCCUCAAGCUGCGCUUCCCGCACGCGCAGGUGCCGCAUGCCCCGGAGCCGGUUGGCAAGCCGUCGACUCAGGUCCGGUGAACGAUCUCCUGGCCCGCUUGCGUCCGAUGUCUGUUCGCUGCAUGAGUCGGUAUCGGAGGUCUUGUGUUGUACGAAUACCCUGUAUGUGCGGAGUUGUAUGUUGUACCAGUAGCCGGCACUCUCAGUCUUGUACUUCUACCUGCCCAUCAUCAUAUCACAGUCAAUGCAACCAUGGUGUCUGCAUUUCUGUAUUUCGGACGUGACUUAGCUGCGCUAUGACAGGAACUGCAUGCGAUACGUAGUCUUUCGACUGGAAAAUAAUUGCCACUCAAGUUUCUACGCGCGCCAGCGGCCGUGCAACGGUAGCAGAUGCU